UUCGAAGCAUUUGACCUUGACCAGGACGGGAUCAUCAGUUUACAGGACUUCAAAGUUGGGGCACAGCAACUUCAGCUUGGUUUAGCUGAUUCGGAUCUUGAAAGUUGGUUUUCCUGUGCUUCUACAAACAAUCCCAAUGGAAUCAUAAUUGAAACUUGGAAUUUGCUAUUGGAUGAUGCAAACGCAGAAGAAAUUAACAUCGCGCUGGAUUACAACCAUCUGAACUUGAAUUCCGGCUUUCUAGCGUUCGACAAAGAUUCAGAUAGUAGAAUAUCAUUGAAAGAUCUUACUACAUCUAUGAAUGAGCUUCAGAUCCAUUGUUUAGACAGUGACAUUUCUAUUCUCAUGACUUUCAUGGACAAAGACAAGGAUGGCUACAUAAGCUUUGAUGAAUGGAGGUCAGCGCUACAUACAGUUUACUGC